UUUAAACAGCUUGUGACUAAGAUAACAAGGCCGAUAAGUAAAACAUGCCUUGAUCAUGUUUUUUCUAACCGUCCCGAGAGAAUUCAUUCUGUAGAUGUCAGGGAGUCUGGUCUUUCUGAUCAUCUACCAGUGUUUGCAGUGCGCACUUACAAAGGAAAGGAGCGCCCCCGUCCACGUGACAAGCCUCACAAAAUCACUUACCGUAACAUGAAAGAUUUUAAUGAAUUCCAGUUCCAAGCAACAUUAAAAGUGAUCCCGUGGGACACUGCGUUUGUUUUUGAUACCAUCGAUGAUAUGCUUGAUACAUGGGAGCAUUUAUUCAACAAAGCCCUAGACAGUCAUUGUCCUUGGCGCGAAAAACGUGUAUCUAGAGAAAAACAAGCUCCAUGGAUGACACAUGAUGUUUUGCAGCAUAUACAGAGGAGAGACUCACUUCUAAAAAAAGCAAGAAUCUCGGCUUUGUCUGAAGUUUGGGACAGUUAUAAAUCGUCUAGGAAUAAAGCUACAAAUGCGAUAAAAACUGCCAAAGCGAAAUUUUACAACAAUGUUUUGCAAUGCAAAGGGAAUUUGGAAAACGAUUAAGUCACUAACGCGCAACAACAAAAAGAGUGCUAAAACUGAGGUCAAUUCAAAUGCCAAAAMUGUUGACG